AUGGAGGGAGACACAAUUGUUUUAAAUUCAAAUUUAACACGUUUUAUGACAAUUCUGACAAUGGAAUCAAUGGAUAUAUCACCAUCUAGUGCUUUUGCUAUAUUAAUUAUUUGCAUCUCCACAUACUGCUUAAUUUUGUUUUUUCAGUCAGUGUUACUUGUGACUAUUAUUAUAAAAAGAGAUCUGCAUAAGCCAAUGUACAUACUGCUGAUUAAUUUGUCCAUAUGUGACAUAACCGCAUCUACAGCUUUUUACCCUCAGCUGGCUACUAGUAUAUUGUCGCAGACUAGAGAAAUCUUCUACCCUGCUUGCGCCUUGCAAGGCAUUCUUAUUCACCUUUGUGGGGGUGGAUCACUCUUAUUUCUCAGUGUAAUGGCUUAUGACCGAUAUGUUGCCAUCUGCAAGCCUUUGAGAUACCAUAAUCUGAUGACACAAGGUACAUUGGUCAGACUUAUUUUUUUAGGUUGGUCCAUAAAUUUUUUAGUCAUUGGGAUUUUAUUCAUACUCACAUUAAGCAAAAAAAUCUGCAGGACCAAUAUAGUUGACAUUUACUGUAAUAAUCCAUCUUUACUGAAACUAAGCUGUGAUGAUACUAGAGUGGUGAACUACUAUGGUUUGUUUACUAUAGCCCUCAUACAAGGCUCUUCCAUACUGAUUGUAUCAAUAACAUAUAUUAAAAUACUAAUUACCUGUAUUUCUACAAAACAGACACACUCUAUAAGUAAGGCAAUGCAAACCUGUGGGACACAUUUGGUAGUUUUUCUGAGUUUUGAAGUUAACACAUUCUUACUAUUGAUUUCUCAUAGGUUUGAAUCAGUGUCUCCACACUUAAGAAAAGCCUUUGGUGUUUCAGUUGUUAUCUUUCCUCCAAUUCUUAACCCACUAAUUUAUGGGCUAAAAACAAGGGAAAUUCGACAAGCAAUUUUUACGUUCUUUCAAAAAAAAAAAUCCUUCUACCUAACAGGAAACUGA